CCUGAUUAUGACGAAACUAAACCGAAAUCAUGGCUUGUCUAUCAAGACUGUAAUAACCUUUAUGGCUGGGCUAUGGCAGAAUGUAUGCCCUAUGGAGGUUUUAAGUGGGUUGAAGCCAAGCUCGAUGGUCUUAACGACUUGGACGACAACUCGCCGAUCGGACGGAUGUAUGAGGUUGAUGUAACGUAUCCAGCAGAACUGCAUGAUCAGCAUAAUGAUCUACCAUUUCUGCCUCAAAACGGAAUACCCGAUGGCUCGAAAGUAAAAAAACUGAUGGCGACCUUCGAGUCAAAAAAAAAUUAUGUCGUACAUUACCGUAAUCUCCAGCAAGCCAUUAAAAACGGGUUGAUAGUUGAAAAAGUGCAUAGGGUCCUACAAUUCAACCAAUCGCCCUGGCUUGCCGAAUUUAUAAAUUUAAACACCGAAAUGAGAAAAAAAGCUUUGAACGAUUUUGAGAAAGACUUCUUCAAGCUUAUGAAUAAUAGUAUUUUUGGUAAGACUAUGGAACAAGUUAGACGAAGGAUACUAAUGGAGCUUGUUUCAAACGAAGAUAGAGUGCAGAAACUUAUCAACUUGACCACAUUUAAAUAUGCGACACCAUACAACGAAAACCUGAGUGCUGUAACAAUGGAGAAAAAAAUUAUAAAAUUCGACAAACCUAUUUAUAUUGGCUUAGCAGUGUUGGAUAAAUCAAAGACAAAAAUGUACGACUAUCACUACAACGUGAUGAAGAGGCAUUAUGGUGAUCAAAUCGAGCUGAUGUACACUGACACCGGUAAAUUAAUAAAUUAA